AUGCGUCCAGACGGCCCUCGCGACCCCGUCGCUGGCCCAGACCAAGGGCCCCCAACCCCCUAUCCAAUCCGCCUCUCGGGCCCGGUCAUCAAGGGCUUCGGACGCGGCAGCAAAGAACUCGGCAUACCAACCGCCAACAUCCCCGCGGACGGUCUAGCAGCGCAUCCAUCCCUGGAAACGGGGGUAUAUUAUGGCGUUGCAGCGCUGGACCCGGCACGCUUCGUAUACGAGGAUGCUGUUUCUUCGUCGAUUGCUACGUCUGAAGGGGGGGGGGAUCGGAAAAAGAAGAAGGUUACUAUCCUCCCUGCUGUGUUGAGUAUAGGGUAUAAUCCAUUCUAUAAGAAUGAGGUUAAAUCUAUUGAAAUCCACAUAAUGCCCCCUCUAAACUCACCCAGUCCAACAUCCCAAAACACAAAGGAGAGUAGCAGUGAAGAAGAGAAAGACAAAGAGCAAUUCUUCAAACUGCCUGAUUUCUACUCCACCACCCUCAAUCUACUCAUUCUCGGCUAUAUCCGGCCGGAAUUCGACUAUGUCUCGCGCGAUGCGCUUGUGGAAGAUAUUCGGGUGGAUUGUGAGGUUGCGAGGAACAGUUUGGAGAGGAGUGGGUAUGCGUGUUAUUUGGCUGAUGAUGGUGAUGAUGAGACUGAAAAUGAGGCUGGUGAUGAAAAGGGGAGAGAGGAGAGGGUGUGGUUGAGGCGUUUUUAG